AUUACACUCAGUAGGGGAGUUGUAAAAAUGGCUGCCAAAAGUCAUCAAUGAAGUGUAUUUUAAAUGGCCAAAUAAUGUUGAUUAUUUACUAUUGAUCUGCUUGACAAAGAUGGUACUAAUGCAACAGUCAAAUGAGUGAAAACAGCGUGGGGGCCAUGCCGGGCGUGGCAGGGGCUGGGGAGAGACGUCUUCGACAACUAGAAGCUCUGUUUCUUGGGGGCCCUGUUCUGGCAAAGGGACAGAGUUUCAGUAUUGAAACUCUCAUAGACAUUCUCAUCGUUCUCUACGAUGAGUGCUGUAACUCUAGUUUACGUAAAGAGAAAACAGUGUCAGAUUUUAUAGAAUAUGUAAAACCUGUAGCUUCUUCAGUAAAGUCUCUUAGAUUAACUAGAGAAGAUUUUGAGAUAAUUAAAGUCAUUGGUAGAGGAGCUUUUGGAGAAGUUUGCGUAGUUAAAUUUAGGGGCUCAGAGAAAGUAUUUGCAAUGAAAAUUCUUAACAAAUGGGAGAUGCUUAAAAGGGCGGAAACUGCGUGUUUUAAAGAGGAGAGAGAUGUUUUAGUGUAUGGAGAUAGAAGGUGGAUUACACAUUUACAUUAUGCAUUUCAAGAUGAGUCUAAUUUGUAUUUAGUGAUGGAUUAUUAUUGUGGGGGUGAUUUAUUGACGUUGCUGAGUAAAUUUGAAGACCGUCUUCCUGAAGAUAUGGCGCGAUUUUACAUUGCUGAAAUGGUUUUAGCCAUAGAUUCGAUACAUAAACUUGGAUAUGUACACAGAGACAUUAAACCUGACAAUGUCUUACUGGACGCGAAUGGCCAUAUUAGACUAGCAGAUUUUGGUAGUUGUUUGAAAUUAAAUGACGAUGGAACUGUGCAGUCCAAUGUUGCGGUCGGUACCCCAGAUUAUAUCUCUCCAGAGAUUCUUAGAGCUAUGGAGGAUGGACAGGGCAAAUAUGGUCCAGAGUGUGAUUGGUGGUCUUUAGGUGUUUGUAUGUAUGAAAUGCUGUUUGGUGAAACGCCAUUUUAUGCAGAAAGCUUAGUGGAAACUUACGGGAAAAUAAUGAACCAUAAAAACUGUUUUGAUUUUGCGACUGACGUAGAUGUGUCUGAUGCGGCAAAAGAUUUAAUCAAGCAAUUAAUUUGUAGUCAAGAAUUUCGUUUAGGACAGAAUGGAAUACAGGAUUUUAAGAACCAUCCAUGGUUUGAAGGAGUCGACUGGGAUGGUAUUAGAGACAGUAAUGCGCCUUAUAUUCCCGAAGUUUCAAGUCCAACAGAUACAUCAAAUUUUGACGUAGACGAUGCUGAUAUCCGAUUGUCGGAUGCCAUGCCUCCAACUGCCAAUAAUGCCUUUACUGGACUUCAUUUGCCUUUUAUAGGCUUUACUUUCACUCAAGGAAGUUGUAUUUGUGACUUGAGUAAUCUUUAUACGAGUAUAACGAACAAUUUAGCCGACAAGCAAAAUAAACGAAAUAAUGGCGAAAUUGUGAGCUUAAAUUUAAACGAAGAAAAGGAAAUGGAUAAGAGGAUGUCGCCCGACGGAACUAGAAAAUUGCAAGAUGAAAUCAAUACUUUAACUAAAAGAAACUGUGAGUUGGAGUCACAAUUGAGAAGUUUUGAAAGUGGUCAUUCGAAAGAUUUAUUUAUUGAUACUUUAGAUGGUGCUGAAAGUGUUAAAGUCAAAGAAUUAGAAAAAUUGAAUCGUAUUUUAAAACAAGAGAAGGAAGAAGCAAUGAAAGAGAAGCUAGACCUUCAUGAAAAGCUCAAAUUUCAAGACAAGGAACUGAAAGAUGCGUUAGCACAAAAGAAAUUGGCGAUGGCUGAGUAUACGGAAGUUUCUGAUAAGUUGUCCGAAUUGAGGCAACAGAAGCAGAAAUUUAGCAGACAGGUUAGAGAUAAGGAGGAAGAAUUGGAAGCCGUCAUGCAGAAAGUCGAUUCGCUGAGGAAUGAUAUAAGAAAGGCGGAGAAAUUGAGGAGGGAGUUGGAAUCGCGAAUCGACGAAGCUUUGGCUGAAGCAACGAAAGAAAGGAAGUUGAGGGAACGGUCGGAGGAAUAUUGUCGGCAAAUGCAAGCAGAGUCGGAUAGGUUGAGAGUGAGGAGUGAAUUGGGGCCUAGAGAUCAACAGGAUAAUUUAAGACUUAAAGCAGAACUGGAAAAAUUAGAGGUUCAGUACAACGAAAGUUUAGCGCAACAACAGGCGAGGUUCAACCUGGAAUUAUCCUCUCUUAGGGAACAACUCCACGAAGCCGAGUCUCAUCGAGAACUCCUUGAGAGAGAAGUAGUCGAACUUAAAGAGAAACAGGAGAAACACCGUAUAGAGGCUCUCUCCGAUUCUGAACAAACGAUUGCCGAAUUGAAUCGUCGAAAUGAACGAGACAAACAGCUUUUAUUGGACGAUAAUCAUAAACUUAUCGCAAAUGUUGAGUUUCUUACCGAAUCUGUGGAACGUUUGCAAUCAGAACGGGCGACCCUGGAAGCGGAAUAUGAACAGUUGAGGAAUAAACAAGAAGCGUUGGGUCAAUGGGAAUCGCAACUUGCGGAGAUCAUACAGUGGGUUAGUGAUGAAAAGGAUGCUAGGGCUUAUUUACAAGCUCUCGCUACUAAAAUGACUGAAGAGUUGGAUUAUUUGAAACAUGCUGGUGUUUCAAAUGCUAUGGGAGGUACCGAUAAGAACUGGAGGAACCGAAGGUCGCAAAAGCUGGAUAAGAUGGAACUCCUCAACCUUCAGAGUUCAUUACAAUCUGAAAUACAAGCUAAACAGGCUAUAAAUGAGGAGUUGAGUAAAACAAGGGAGGCCUUAUUAGAAGCUCAAAAAGAUUUGAGAGAUUCAAGGCAACGAAACGAGGCCUUUGCUUUAGAUCUCAAAAGGAAAGAGAAACAAAUCAAGGAGUUGCAAAGUCGUCAUGAUUCAGAAGGAUUUUUGGAACGACCUUCAUCUCAGAUGUCGUACCUGGAACAAUUUCUUAAAGAAAACAAUCAAUUGCAAGUUCAAAGUCAAACGUACGACAACGUACCCGCACUCUUGUACCAAGGAGGCUCAAUUGAGUCUGAAGAAGGCGAUAUCGAAGACAAUAGAGCUUUAAGUUUGACAAGUUCCAAGAGUAACUUGUCUGAACUGAGUAUGCACGAUUCCCAAUCUCCCAUGAAACACAAAAACCAUCAAUUUUUGGUGCGCACUUUUUCUAGUCCUACAAAAUGCAAUCAUUGCACAUCAUUGAUGGUCGGGUUGAUGCGACAAGGAAUGGUGUGCGAAAUUUGCGGUUUUACCUGUCAUACGUCGUGUUGUCCGCAUGUACCAGCGAUUUGUCCGUUACCUUCAGAUCAGACUAAAAGGCCGUUAGGAAUCGACCCUACUAGAGGCAUAGGAACUGCUUACGAGGGCUACGUUAAAGUUCCUAAACAAGGAGGUGUCAAAAAGGGUUGGAUCAGACAAUUUGUUGUUGUUUGUGACUUCAAACUGUUUUUAUAUGACAUAUCAGCUGAUCGAAAUGCCUUACCAAGUGUUCAUGUAGCUCAAGUUUUAGAUAUGAGGGAUACACUGUUUAGUGUUUCUAGCGUUAAGGAUUCGGACGUGAUCCACGCCAACAAAAAGGACAUUCCUUGCAUUUUUAAGAUUACCACCUCUUUGAUGGAACCCCCGGGUCCGCGCAACUCAACCCUGAUGUUGGCCGACACCGAAGCCGAAAAGAACAAAUGGGUCGUCGCCCUUUCCGAACUACAUCGAAUAAUGAAAAGAAACAAUUUACCCAACACUACAGUCUUAUUAGCCCGCGAAUUGAUCGACAAUUCCCUAACUUUACUAAGAAACACAUUAAGUGCGGCGAUUAUCGACCCCGAUCGCAUAGUCUUAGGUGCUGAAGAAGGACUUCACUGUGUCGAUUUAGACCGCACUGAAAUUGCGAAAAUUGGCGAAGGCAAAAAGAUUUUCCAAUUAGAAUAUAUCAGUGAGGAGCACCUUUUGGUUGUGGUUAGUGGCAAACAGAGAUACGUACGAUUGGUUCCCAUUAGAGCAUUGGACGGUGAUGAGACUGAAUGGAUCAAAGUGGCGGAAAGUAAGGGUUGUUCAGUGCUGACGGUGGGGCCUGUUGUGAGGGCGCCGUUGACGUUUUGUUUAUGUGUGGCGAUAAAGAAACAGCAAAAUUCCUCGACUAUAAUUGUAUACGAGAUAACGAGGACAAGAACUCGACAUCAUAGAAUUCGGGAUAUAAAUGUGGGGGCGCCAGUUCAGUCAUUGCAAUUGUUGUCGGAUGGUCGACUUUGUAUCGGUUCUCCUUCGAAUUUCACGAUUUGUAAUCUGCAAACGGAACAACCUCUUUUCUCUUUGUUGAGUUCGGAGAAUCCGCUAUAUGCCACACUGGCCUGUAAUGCCGUUGAGGCAUUAAGAGUAAUAGAGUUGCCUCGUCAUGAAUAUCUCCUAGUUUUUAGUACUUUAGCGGCUUAUGUCGACAGACACGGCCGCAAAUCUCGAGAUAGAGAAAUCAUGUAUCCAGCAGUGCCGUCAGCGAUAUGCUAUAGAGAUGGUCAUCUUAUCGUUUAUAGUGAGACUCACAUCGAUAUUUUUAAUUGUGCAACCGGAGAGUGGGUUCAGACACUUAACAUCAAGAAAGCCAAACCUCUUAAUGAUAGUGGUUCACUUUCGUUAUGCAUUCUAAAUGAUUUAACUCAUUUGUUGUAUCUGUCUAAUAUUCAUCAACGUGAAUUAAUUAAUUUAGAUAAUGUGGUUACGUUAGAUAGAGAGGGACGGACUUUACAGAGACCGCGAAGGAGGUUUUCGCUGAGAGAGGGAAAUAGGUCACAACGAAUGAGCACGGAUCGCCGGUCAAAACUAAUAUCGGCACCGACCAACUUCAACCAUAUAAGUCACAUGGGUCCCGGCGAGGGCAUACAGAGACAAAGACUGAUUGAUCUUUCGACGAACUUAGUUGAUAGUCCUGAUCAGUCCUCCUACGGUCCUCAGGUGCAACCACGACCAAGUAAGGUGGCUCCCCUGCCCCCGAAACACGGUGAACGUAAACGCCUGGAAAUAUCAAACCCGAUUCGGGGUCCCGCUUUUCCUCCCGCUUAUAACGGUGCAAAACGCGCGGCGCCCCCGCGUCCCAGAGAUCUUCCACCGGCUUUGCCGCGGCCUUCCGAUAUGUCACCUUCCCCCGAUCCAGCGAGCAUAGGAAGCAUGUCGUCUCUGCACGAUAUGAUCAAGGGUACGGAGAAAGGCAGUCCUCGUCACUCGAUCGCGAGCAAUAACAGUUCAAACCUUUCAACUCCUCCUUCGCCCCAAGCAGAUCAUCAUAAUAGUUCGAGUUAUGAUAGCUAAACGCCGUAUUUGAAGACUUAUCGAAUAACAUAAUAGUUGAGUAUACACUAGAAUUAUCUUCUCGAAUCAUGCAUGCGCGAAAAUGUCUGACCUUGUACGGAGUGUUCAAUGAGUUCAAGUCGGAAUUGUGAUUGUACUUUCAAUUGGACACUUUGUAUAUUUGUACUUUCAGUUACCUCAUUAUUAACAAAAACGGAAUAAAAUUUCAAACCGGUAAUGACAUCAGUUCAUUGUAUUUAAAUAUAUUUAGUUAAGGAGGCACUGUACUUAUUUCUUAUUUUGUAAAUUUUGUGUAUUUUUUAUUUUGUCGUAUUGUUUAUAUCUGAUAGUGUAAUAUGUUACACUUGUAAAAUAAUUCGAGUCAAUUAAUUAACUGUUGUAAUAUUAAUUUUUUAUAAUGCAAAUUUGAUGUUAUUAUUUAUAUAUUAGGCUCUAUUACUGUAGCAGAGUGUAAUACUGCCAAAAUUUUAAUUGAGAAUAUUUAUAUUUAUUUAUUGCUUUGUUUUUUAAUUUUUUUUAUUGAAAUUAAUUGUACUAGUGAUAUUUAUUAGUGAAGUAAGUCAAAGGUAUUUCGAUAUUCAUAUAGAUAAAUAUUUAUUACUGUAUAUCCAAGGUUUUAGUACAAUUUUAUAUUAGUUUUCAACACAUGGCAAGACAAUAUGGGUGUUUUUAUCAGGUGGUACAGCCAAUUUUAAUAUUUACAUUAUUAGAUUUUCUACUGUGACUUCAGAUUUAAGUAUUUAUCGUCAUAUUUAGCUUUUCAUUAGUUAAUGUUUCACGAUAGGAAAGACAUUUUAUAUUGGUGCACUAAAAUUUGACUUUUCAUUUGUGAUGGAACAUUCACUUUAACGGUAUAAAGGACUUGUUUCCAUAAAAAUAUAACAAAGGCAUUAUGUAACAUACUAGAUAACAUAUUUAUUUUAUUAAUAGAGUUAUUUAUAUUAACAAUAUGAAGGAUAUAGUAUUAUAACGCUAAAAACCAGCCUUUUUUAUUACGUUUAUUAACCAAAUUUGUGUUGAGAACUUACAGUAUGUAUUUUAUAUUACACCAUUUUUAACAAUCAUUUCCUUUAAUUUCUUCUCUAACUCGACUUACUUUUUUUAAUUGUGUAUUUAUUUCUUGCUGUAAUAAAGGUUUUAAUAUUU